GUGGGUUCAGUGGAAAGUACGAAUUGUAAUUUGCUCAGAGGAGACGUGGAAGUGUCACAACAACAUAAGCUGUUUAAAAAGUUUGACAUUUUGAGAAUUUCCAUAAAAUAGUUUACUUUGAGAUCUGCACAAUGGGACUUACCGACUGGUUUGAAGCUCUGCAUAUGGAUUAUGAUGGUCAAGCCAGAGCAGAGAAAUUUUCACGGAUUAUCAUUCUUCUAUUUGGGAUCGUAGGAUUCGUGUGGGGUUAUGUAAUUCAACAAUUUUCUGAAACUGUUCGCAUUCUUGGUGCUGGAUUCAUUCUUGCGGCAGUUUUGACGAUUCCCCCAUGGCCCAUAUAUAAGAGAAAAGCUCUCCAGUGGCAAAAAGUUCGACCCGUAAAGGCUGCAGAGGGAGAAAGUUCAACAGAGAAGAAAGAGACUAAAAAGAAGAAAUAAAACUGAAUAUAAUGUAAACGUGUUUGCAAUUUAUUCCUCUUUCCUACUCUCUUUUUUAAUGGAUUAAUUGUAUUGUACAAGAUAAGAUGAAAUUUAAUAAUAUUCGUUCAUUUAAUUAUUGUUUCUAAAAACUAAACCAACGCUGCAGAUUUAGAUGAUGGGUACCAGUAAAUCAAGAAUAAAUGUACAUGUUUUCUAUACGA